AUGCUCGACGAGAUCCAUCCUCCCCUCCAGACCUCUCCAAACGACAAAAACUCGUAUAUCCUCGGAGCGAUCGGGAAUCGGAAUGUCGUGAUUGCCUGCCUUCCCGCCGGGGUUUACGGGACCACAUCGGCCACAACGGUCGCAAGCAGCAUGCGCUUCAGCUUCGGGUCAAUACACCAUCUGCUCAUGGUUGGCAUUGGCGGAGGGGCGCCUUCCGAGUCUGCAGACAUCAGACUAGGCGACGUCGUCGUCAGUGUUCCAACGGCACGCUUCGAGGGAGUGGUCCAGUACGACUACGGCAAAACCGUGCAGGAGGGGCGAUUCGAGCGAACGGGCAGAUUGAACAAACCCUCAACAUCGCUCUUGACUGCAAUCACAAAUUUACGGGCCGAAUACCUUCUCAGGGAGAACCUUCUCUUCGAGUCGGACUAUGAGCAUGACAUAUCAGAGCAAACCUGCGAGAAAUGCGACCGAGAAAGGCUUGUGGAUCGCGCGCCUCGCCGUGACGAUCGGCCGGUGGUUCACUACGGCCUGAUAGCCUCCGGCAACCAGGUUAUCAAACAUGCCGAAACCAGAGAUCGGUUGGCUGCGGAGUCGAACAUCCUAUGUUUCGAGAUGGAGGCAGCUGGGCUGAUGGACAACUUCCCUUGCCUGGUCAUCAGGGGCAUCUCGGACUAUUCGGAUUCGCACAAGAAGAAGGAAUGGCAGGGGUACGCCGCUGCAACAGCCGCCGCAUAUGCAAAAGAACUUCUGCUUGCGAUGGGAGGUACUGGAUCGCGGCCUUUAUCAAACACAGCAAGCCCAGUUCCCAGUGACGUGCAAGGCCACCGCAGACGGGUCAUGGAUGCGUUGACAUUUGAUGCACUGGAAAGCAGACAGGCGACAAUCAAGGCUGCCCACGCAAAAUCCUGCAAGUGGCUCUUACAGAAGCAAGAGUACUUGGAAUGGUUGGACUACAACCGAUUCCCGGAGCACCAUGGCCUUCUUUGGAUCAAGGGUAAGGCCGGAAGUGGAAAGUCUACCAUGAUGAAGUUCGCCUUUCAACAAGCUCUCACACCAAGGCAGGAGAACAAUGUGACGCUCUCGUUUUUCUUCAACGCUAGAGGCGAAGACUUGGAGAAGACAACCUUUGGCAUGUACCGCUCUCUAUUGUUCCAGUUGCUUGAGCGCCUUCCGGAAGUACAGGUCCUACUAGAUGAGGUAGACCCCUCAGCGUGCUUGGAUCGGAACGAGAAUGGAUCAUGGAACAUCAAUAUACUUCAACAUCUCUUCCGCAGAGCAAUCGCUUUGCUUGGAGGUCGACGCGUCGUAUGCUUUAUCGACGCGCUUGAUGAAUGCGAUGAAGAGCAGAUUCGCGUCAUGAUUGACUACUUCGAAUCCUUAGGAGACCAUGCAGCAUCUUCACGAGUUCAGCUCAAUAUUUGUUUCUCGAGUCGCCACUACCCCCAUAUUACGGUGGAGAAAGGGGUUGAGAUGAAGCUUGAAGAUCAGGAAGGUCAUGCGGAGGAUAUCGCCCGAUUCCUGCAUAGCGAGUUGAAGAUUGGGCGCAGCAAGCAGUCAGAGCAGAUCAGACUUGAGAUACUCGAAAAAGCAUCGGGGAUCUUCCUCUGGACCGUUCUGGUAGUUCAAAUACUGAACCGAGAGUUUGAGCGCGGUCGUCUACACGCCCUUCGCAAAAGGCUGCGCGAGAUACCAGGCAGGCUGAGUGACCUGUUCAGGGACAUAUUGACCCGAGACGGCGCAAAUAUGGACGAUCUUUUGCUUUGUAUCCAGUGGAUCCUGUUCGCCAAGAGACCGCUAAAGCGAGAGGAGCUCUACUUUGCCCUACUCUCGGAGGAGCCUGAGAGCCUAGCCGAGGCCUGGGAUCCCGAGGAUAUCACUCUUCAGGACAUGGAUCGGUUUAUAACUAGUACCUCCAAGGGGCUUGCCGAAAUAACCAAGUCUAAAGGCAAAACGGUGCAGUUCAUUCAUGAAUCUGUACGAGAUUACCUACUGAAAGAGAACGGUCUGCAGGAGCUUUGGCCUGAUCAGACCAACUUCGGUCCUUCUAGCCAUGAUCGAUUGAAGCAAUGCUGUCACAACUUUUUGCAAUCAAACAUCUGCGGCCACGUUCCUACAGUUGAAGAAAUGCUGGUUGCAUCUAGAGAGAAAGUCCAACUCCUGCAAAAUCACCUUAACGAAAAAUUUCCAUUCCUGGAAUAUGCAGUACACAACGUUCUCUAUCAUGCUGACGCUGCCGAAGGAGGCUUCGUUGAUCAAAACGUCUUCCUCGAUAACUUUGACCUAGCAAACUGGGUUCGAUACAGCAACGCAUUUGAAAUAUUUCGGGUCCGGCGUCACGAACUGGAUGUGAGCCUUUUGUAUAUCCUUGCAGAACGCAAUCUUGCGAACCUGAUAAAGAAUGUUCGACAGAAGGCUCCAGAUGUCCACGUACUAGGGGGACGCUAUCAAGAAGGCGUGUUCGAAGAGACAUCAGUGUACUGCGCUGCAGAGUGGGGACGCGAGGACAUUCUCAGGUUAAUCUUGCAAACGGGUAAAUCUAAUCCUACAAUUCCUAAUCAUCACGGCGGACACGUUGAUAUUGCGCAGCUGCUUCUGGACACUGGUAAAAUGGAUGUCAAUGCAAAGGAUAAUUGCGGCGACACUGCUUUACACUACACAGUGGGGUGCAAUAAUCUCGAUCGGCUGAUGGGUUCCUAUGCCUAUCAUCUUCGACUUGCCUCCCCCCAACACCACGUUCUCAUGGAUGUGCUUCUUGCCAGCAACUCACUAGACCCUGAUAUCAAAAAUAAAGAGGGGAUAACGCCCUUCUCAUAUGCUGCAUCCAAAGGCCAGAUACAUGCAUGUACCCGGCUCCUAGCAACAGGAAGGGUUGACCCUGAUCCAAGGGAUAAUUAUGGGAAGACGCCACUGUCUCACGCAGCAAAAGAUGGAGAUCUAGGCAUCGUCAAUCUCUUGUUGAAUACGGGGAAGCACAAGAUGGACAUCUAG